UUGAAGCGCCGGCAUUGAAGGGCUGCAGUCGUGAUCGGAUGCUCGACGUGUACGGAUCGGUCGAAGCAUAAGGUGGCCGAUUACAAGUGAAUGAGAGAGAAUUCGAAGAGAUUCGGAACGGUGAAAUUCGCGAACGAGGGACGCCAAUUCGACGAGCAAUGUUUUUCACGAGUGUUCCUCAGGCGCCACUUGAUCGCGAGGCGUACGUUCCUGCACGAAGUCGCUCUUAAAUAAUCUGGGAACUGUCGAAAAAAGUGAAGUGGGUCCUGGAAGAGGACCCGGAUAAAGUAAGGAGAAAAGCGGCGAAGGAGAAUCCGAUGUGCAGUGUCAGGACGCCCUGCAGGACUGACUCCAUGAUGUCGUACGCCAAUCGAUUCCCAUCUUCUCAGCACACUCGUUAUCGCAGUAGCUGGGGUCCGUCCUCGGUUUCCGUCUUCAAUCGUGCCGACGUGCCGCGACCCUCGCCGGAAGAGGAAGAGUUCGAGUUCUACCACGAGCGACUGCACUCGGCGCAGAGUCGCCAGCUGAUCCCGCUUCAGGAAGAUCUGGCCGAUUGGAUCAACAAAACGAUAAAUGUGGAUUAUAUAACGGGUGACAAUUUCUUCGAUGUACUUGAUAAUGGCGUGGUUGUGUGUCGACUGGCAAGGGUUAUCCAGGAAAAAGCGAGAUCCGCGAUAGAAGCUGGACGAGCUAAAGGACCGAUACCUGUGAUACGUGGCCGUUGCUGGGAAAAUGCCGCGCGUCGCAGCUUCUUUUCCCGCGACAACAUGGAGAACUUUAUACAGUUUUGCCGGCGUCUGGGCGUCCACGAGAAUCUCCUCUUCGAAAGUGACGAUCUCGUUUUACACGGUCAACCACGGAACGUAGUGCUGUGUUUACUGGAAGUUGCACGACUGGCGGCCAGAUAUUCUUUAGAACCACCUGGACUUGUGCAACUCGAGAGGGAAAUCGCGGCGGAACAAGAAAGGGAUCUUCACUGUUUGUCGGACAGCGGUAUAUCUCACAGCAGCCUCUCUUGGCAACUCCAAUCGCCGUCACCGACCGCGACUCCCAGACCGCCGGAGAAGAUCAAACACAGCAGUUCGGCAUCCGAAGUCGCGACGACGGCCACACGAUGGUUGGAUCCCGUGACUGGUGCUACGCAUGAACCUGAAAUGCGAAGGUCCGUUAGCGACAACGGUCCGACUGGAAGUGACGGCGUGCCGAGCGACACUACCGAGGAUGACUGGUCCCGCGGUAGCGCCGAGGAUCCGGAUGAAGUGCCGUCGCCAUCGAGUUCGCCAUCACCUUCGCCGGCCGAGCCACCGGAGCACACUGGUCCGAUAACAGAGCUCGAUCGCAAGGUGCGAAGAGCCACCGAGGCCGUCCAGAGACUUUGUCAAUGCCCUUCGGAAAAGUGCUCCAAAUUGAAAGUGCGCAAAGUCGGCGAAGGCCGCUAUCAUAUUGCGGGACGUAACGUCUUCAUCAGGCUUCUCAAGGGGCGACACAUGAUGGUGAGAGUGGGCGGCGGAUGGGAUACCCUGGAACAUUUCCUGGCGAGGCACGACCCCUGUCAGGUGAGGGUUCUUAACCGCGAGAGCACACCGCCCCCCGCUCGCGGCACCAAGCACGACAGCUUCCUGCACAUUCGGGCCAAGUACCGCAGCCCACCGUUGGAGCCGAGCCUCUCACGUCGGUCGCUGGCCUAAGAGCACGUAGUGCCUAAUCAUGCGAUCACGCAACCUCUCGGGCUGCUCGCACGCGUGGCGCACAUGCGAAAUUGAUAUCGUGGUUUCCGGCACACAGCUAUCGCAUCUUGCCGUAUAUAUCAUAUAAGAGCAGUCGAUAUUCUCAACUCGAUGAACACGUCGAUCAAUUGGUGUGUUAAAUGACGCGACGGAACGUGGCAGCUCGUAUUAUCGUAAUAAGGACGGUAAUUCAUGUAAUUUUCGCGCACGAUACACAUUCCUUUUUCCCAACUACGCUCGAUGAGUUGGCAAAGGAAGAAAGACGGCGCGGAUCGUUUGAAGAGCUUGCGGUUACUCGUGCACAUUCCGAUAUAUUCAUGUAUGCUAUUUACGAGGUAUCUUUACAGGGCUGAAUUUCUCAUCGGUACGCAUCGCCUAUACCACUUUGCAACGCGAUAUCUCUUCCAUUCUCAUAUUUACUAUACAUCUUCAAUUAUGUCAAGUGCAUAUACAUAUUUAUUGUUACGCAUGUAUGCGUUAGAUGUAGGUCACGGUGUAAGAACGCACACGGAUCACAAUAUUUUUACUACAUUGUAUCAGAUGAUUGAAAAGCGUGUCGAAGUAUAUCCUCGCUGAUAUGUGGUACGCUGUCCAUUUUUGAAGAGAGCAGUGUGAUUAAGAAUAAUCAAAGUUUUAUAUCCAAGAUUGUACUCUACAACUCGGAAAACUUUGAAUACUCGACAUUUAUCAACGAAUAUAUACUAUAUGUGCUUCCAUCUCUUGAAUCAUUUCUCUUCAGGUACUAACAUAAUUAACGUUUAUAUCCGAAAAUUCUUCGGCAAAGUCUAGAAAGUGUGUUGCACUUGGUAAUAAUAGUGUUAAGAACGCAAUGACCAAAUUUUAUUUUUAGAACUAUAUCAUGUCAUGAUGUAAUAAAAAAAUAAUAAUAAUAGUGAUUUAAAUAAAUAUCCAUUUAAGCUCAAACAUUGUGCUCUUGUACGUGCAAUAAACAAAUUAAAGUGCGAUUAAAAUCUCAGGUAGAUAAUCGUCUAUAUAAACGUAUCAUGCCUUAAAAAAGAUGGAUAAAUUUUUUUCUUGAUCAAAUUUCUUUUUACAAUACUACAAUAUUAUAGUAUUUUUCUCCAAAUAAUUGUACGAGUUUUACAAAAUUCUCACAGUCAUGCUAAUAUAGUUGUAACCUUUCCAUUAUUAAAGCUGUAACAUAGUUUUUUUUGAUACUCAAUCCUAUUCAGCUUUCAACUUUGGUCAUUGCUCUAUACCAAUAUAUUCUUAUAAUGCACUGUCAUAUUUUGCGAUAAGCACGCAAAAUCAGGCACUUAUACAUUGUAAUAAUCACACAGAGUCGGCUAAGUUUUUUAUAUAUUAGAUUCAAUAUGUACAUUUAUAAGAAUUGCUAUAAUAUAUAUGUAAAAUUCGAUAAAUAAAUUUUAUUUACGCUCGAGCGUAAUUCAAUCGAUUUUAAAAAAUUUAUAAAAUUACAGAUCCAUCAAUACAUAAACGAUAGCAUAUUCAAAAGAUUCUUAAAAUGUACGCUACUUCAAUUGUUUUGUUUUUAUUUCGAUUAUAAUAAAUUUAUACGAAUCUCAUUUUAGCCGACUCUGAAAUUGAUACACUUUUUAACAUUCGAUUAAUAUCUAAUACAACUUAUAUUGCCUAACGUGUAAAAUGCUUCAUAAUUGCCUCAAACAUAUAUGUUUUGUACUUUUAUAUAAAUAUCUAGAAUAAGGAAUAUGAUAUAUAUACACAUCGGCAUAUUUAACAAUAUGAUUAUUCACUUACAGAAGUGCAAGAGCACAGUAUGCAAAGGAAUACCAAAGCAGAGAAACACACGACGAGUAAUGUCGGCUCGUUGAAGCUAAUUAAAUUGUGAUCCGUUUAUUGGUUGCGCCGAAAGAGAGAGUAUAAUUGUGUUUCACGAAUCGAUAUCUUUUAUGAAUUAUAAAUAAUCAAUUGCGUUCAAUUAUCCUUUGCGAAGCAGAAUCAGUGUUAAAUUGCGAUUUACACUGUAAAGUAAUAGCUUAGAGUUUAGUGAAUUAUUACAGGGCCUUAUAUAUAUUACAUAAACAUAAUUAUAUUUGCAAUGUUAUUUCUUACACGUAAUUAAAUCGCCCUGCCUAAUUAAAUUAAUUUCGCCAUAUUAUGUAAUUGUAAAUAAUACGUUGCCCCGACAUAUCGAUAAAUAACUGAUUUAAGUUAAUCGUACCUGCUUUAUAUUGCGUUAAUAUAUAUUAGUGGAUAAGUUAUACAUGUUCUAUAUAUUUAAUAAGUUGUUUAUAUGUUGUCAAUUGUCUUUUUAUUAAAAAUUACGUUAGAUAUUUGAUUUUUUUUAUCAAAUACGUGUUUUGAUGACAUAAAAGAAUAUUAUAUAAAUUUAGUUGGGGAGAUUAUUAUUUACAAUAAGAUGUUGAAACGAUCUAAUUGAUACAAUAUAUUUUAGAACAAGUUAUAUUUUGUGUUAAUACGGUUUCGUGAUUAUUUGGCUAUUAAUCAGCAUUGCAAUAGCACUAUACUGCAUUAAUUUAGUCUAUAACUCUGUGUGUUAGGCUUUUGUAAAAAAAUUUUUAAUUUUGUUUAAUAUGUAUGCAAAAUGCAUCGUAUACUAUAUAUUAUCUUAAUCUAUUCAACUAAUAUGUUUGAAACUAUAUUAUGUCGAUUGUAUUUUGUUGAACAAUAAAAUAUUUGACUGAUA